AUGGCAGAAGGACAGCCUGAAGAUAUUGAUGUGGCGAAGACGUUGGCAAAAUACACGAAUCGUCGGAAGCAAAUUGAAGCCGAGGAGAGGGCUCGACGACGUGAGGGAUUUUUGUCAUCAGGUGACUCCGAUAUCGAACUCGAAUCGUUCAUCCCGGCUCAUCGUCGGCGUAAAGAGAAAGCUGUGCGACGAGCUCUUGUUCAAAAUGUUCUCACAGCAGGCGCCAAUCAAAUGGCAAAGCAUGAAGAAGUCGAGAAGAAACGACGAAAACGCGAAGAACAAAAGGCAAAAGAGGAAGAGAAAAGGAGUUUGCUUGAGAAACAUGGCGACUAUCAACAAGAAGAACAAGAUCCGGUCGAUCUUCAGCGAAAAGAAGAAGAAGCCAUUUUGGCGGCUCUAAAUGAUCAAAGCAGUUUGCUGGCGAUAGCAGAAGCAGCACGAGGCGUCACUUAUUCAAGUUCUUUGCGCACGGGAUGGGUUCCGCCUGGUCAUGUACGUCGACAAAAUGAGAGCGAUUGUGUAACUUUUCGUCGCAAACGAGGAAUCACGGUUGAAGGAGAGCAAUGCCCACCACCUAUUGGCAGCUUUCUGGAGAUGAAGUUUCCACGAGCUCUCUUGGAUGGCUUAAAAAAGAAGAACAUCACAGUACCUACACCGAUUCAAGUUCAAGGAUGCCCAGUUGCAUUAAUGGGACGGGAUAUGAUCGGAAUCGCUUCAACGGGUUCAGGAAAAACGAUAACUUUUGCUUUACCGAUGGUCAUGUUUGCGCUUGAGCAAGAAGUUGCUUUACCAUUCGAGCGAGAUGAGGGACCGUAUGCAUUGUGUAUUGUUCCAUCACGAGAGUUGGCGCAUCAAAUUCAUGACGUUGUCUCGGACCUUUGCAAAGAUCUUUUGAGAGCUCGUUUUCCGGAAAUUCGUGUCGCGCUUUGCAUUGGUGGAGAACCCCUUGGUGAACAGGCUCGGUUGUUCCAUCGAGGAGUUCACAUCUGCAUUGCGACGCCUGGUCGUCUAUCGGAUAUGCUUACGAAAAGGAUCUUCAAUUUGCAGCUGUGUCGUUACUUGGUGCUGGACGAAGCUGAUCGAAUGUUGGACAUGGGUUUUGAAGAUGAGAUCAAAAGUAUCUUCUCGUUCUUCCGAUCACAACGACAAACUUUACUCUUCUCGGCGACGAUGCCAAAGAAGAUUCAGAUUUUUGCAAAGAAUGCACUUAUCAGGCCAAUCAUCGUGAACGUCGGACGAGCUGGAGCGGCUUCGUUGAACGUUUUACAAGAAUUUGAGUACGUUUCACGAGAAGAGAAACUUGUUCGAAUUUUAGAGGCCUUGCAAAAGACGCCACCUCGUGUGCUUAUCUUUGCUGAGAAAAAGCUGGAUGUGGACAGUAUUUAUGAGUAUUUGUUAGUGAAAGGCAUUGAAGUUGCCUGUAUUCACGGUGGAAAGGAUCAAAAAGAUCGACACGAGGGCAUCGAAGCUUUCCGUCGAGGGGAGAAAGAUGUGCUCGUGGCAACUGAUGUUGCUUCAAAAGGUCUCGAUUUUAAAGACAUCCAACACGUUUUAAAUUACGAGAUGCCUGACGAUAUCGAAAAUUACGUUCAUCGAAUUGGACGUACAGGAAGGUCCGGUAGAAGAGGUCUCUCCACAACAUUUAUCAACAGACGCACGGACAUGAACAUUAUGGCCGAUUUGAAGCAAUUGCUUAUCGAAGCUGGACAACCGUUGCCUGAGAUGUUGCAAGAGCUUGGUGGUGGUGACGAUGCUGCACAGAGCAUGACGGGAACGGGACAGGACCGUGGAUGCGCCUAUUGUUCGGGUCUUGGACAUCGUAUUACCGAAUGCCCCAAACUUGUCGGCAUUCAGGCGAAAGCUACCCAAAAUAUGCAACGAGCUGCCGGAGAAGAGGGACACUAC